AUGAUGGAAAAAUAAAAUUAAGAAAUUGAAAUUUUUGAUAUAGAAAAAUAAAUCAUUUAAAUGAAUCAAUAUGAAAAAUCUAUAUUAAGUUAACAUUAAAUCUAAAAUUUUAUUAGAAGUGUUAUAAGAAUAAAAGAUAUAUAAGUACUCUCACAUUUAGGCAAAGGAUCUUUUGGAUAAGUCUUUAAAGUAAUUAAUUAAUUCAAUUCUAAUUUAGGUAAUUUAUAAAAAUAAAAUAUUUGCACUUAAAUAGUAAUUAAAAUAAUAAGUUCUACAAGAUGUUAAAUAUAUUUAAAGUGAAUUAAGCAUUAUGAAGUAUCUAAAUCAUCCAUUUGUUGUAAAAUUACAUCAUUCUUUUUAAGUGAAUCUAAAUUUAUAUUAAUUAGACUUAACACUAUCUAUACAUGUUAUUAGAAUAUUGUGACAAUGGAGAUCUAACUAAUUAUAUGACUAAAGGUACAAUAAUAUAAGAAACCUAAGCCAUUUUUAUUAUUGCCUAAAUUAUUCUUGCAAUAGAAUAUCUUCAUUCUUUAAAUCUCAUAUAUAGAGAUUUAAAACCAGAAAAUGUAAUGAUUACAAAAAAUAAUUACAUAAAAUUAAUAGAUUUUGGAUUAUCAAAAGAAGGUUUUAAUAUAACUCAUACAUUUUGUGGUUCACCAGCUUAUUUAUCUCCUGAAUUAUUAAAUGGUCAGGGAGUAACAUAAAGUACAGAUAUAUAUACAGUUGGUCUAUUGUUAUAUGAAAUGUUAUCAGGUUAUCCUCCACAUUUUAGUAAUAAUAUUAGAAUACUAUUAAAUGGUAUAUAAAAUGAAGAACUCAGAAUACCAAAAAACUUUUCAGGAUCUGUAAAAAAUUUUUUGGAAUAAAUUAUCACUAAAAAUCCAAAUGAUAGAUUAUCUAUUAAGUAAAUAAAAAAUCAUAUUAUAUUUGCUGAAAUUGAUUGGUUAAAAUUAUAAUAAUAAGAAUAUAUAGCACCAAAAUUAAAAAAAAAAGAGACAAAUAAAUUAACAUAAACAACCAGAUUAAUUGAUCAUGACUAUCCCUAAGAUGGUGAAAGAAUCAAUGAAGUAUUUGGUUGGGAUUAUUCUUGUUAAAAUUGA